UUCACAUGGAUCGCAUGUGUUGGGAGCCGAAUAGCAAUCCUGAUAGAUGGUAUUUGGUUAAUGCAGCACAUUUCCUCUGUCCUGCUGUACAAGUCUUUCCUGCACGAAACUGACUGCGAAGAACAAACAUCUUGAAGAGCCUGGUCCAAAUGCACCGGUCUUUAAAGGAAGUUGUUUGCAUAAAAGACGCUGAGCUCUUUGUUUUGUAUGCAGUAAGAAACUCUGACGUACACCGCGGACAAGUGAUAUCUGACGCUGUUGUCAAUCUCCAGGCAUCGUGGAAGUGAAACGCAACCCGACAAUCGAUUUGACCAGUGCUUUGAAUCCAGAUCAACUUCUUUGGGGAAAGAGAAGCAGAUUGAAAUGUGUUGCAGAUUGGUGUACGACGUUAAGAUGUAGGGAUCAAUCGACAUAAUUGAAACUAAAAAGUACUUCAAAAACUCAAAUUCUAAGGAUUCAUAAAGGCCUUUUCCCGAUUUUUUUUACAUUCGGAAAGAGAUAAGCACUGCCAAUCUCAGUUCUACUGAACCAAUUUAUUUCUCACAUUUUGAUUCCGUCUGUUGUCAUACUUCCUUUUUUUCGACGGCUAAUUUGGCAUUCAACGGAUCAUUCACGUUGACGGCAUCAUAUGCCGAAUCUCGCUUUGUGAGUGCGCCGUUUUUACAUCUGACAAUCUCUAACUACGAGCAAUCAAGGCAAAACCACUCAACACCGGAAAAGACAGACGGUCGCAUUUUAUUGAAUCACGGAAACGUGUCAAGAAAAAUAAAUAAAAGAACGAGCAAGCCGUCAAAGCGUGUCCGUGUUUAAUGAGCGGUGAAUGGUUGCGUAUUAUGGACACGGCCUGAGAAACCUACGGUGAUGAUUGCAACUCUUGAACUGGAAUCUCUGUUAUUUUGUUGACUACACAAGUCCGUCCUACUUGCUGCAUGACAAGAUUUUCAGUUAUCAACGCUUGGAAAGGCAUCAGUUCUGGAUGCUAAGCACAAAGUUAGCGGAUUGACCAAGACUGAAUUAAAGGAAACAUUGUAGCUGUGAAAACUCUUGCGUGACAAGAAUAAAUACGAACUGCGGACCACAGCGUGAUUGAGCUGCAGGAGAAGGAGUGGUGCGAAAAAGAACCGCCUGAAUUGGUACCUACAAUCUCCGAGGCGUUGUAGUAAACACGUUUCCUGUACUUGAGAAACUUUCCGUAGCCACAGACUUACUAGGGACGAACACAUCGUCAGAAGUCCAAUAAUAUUGAUAGAGACGAAAGGCAACUGGACGUGAAUCAUGUCUUCGUCAAACGACAGCGACGGCAUCGUUCCCCUCCCGACUAUACAAGGCGCACCGCUGGAGGCUAGUCUCUUAUCAAUCGCUUCGGUGUUGACGGUAUUCGGCAACCUGGGCACCUUAGCCGCAUUUUGGGUAGACCGCAGUCUCCGACAGAAGCCUAGCAAUCUGUUUCUGGUCAGCCUGUCAGCGGCUGACUUCCUGAUGGGGUUGUUUGUACUUCCCCUCCGUGCUAUGGAGACGGCUCUGGGGUACUGGCUGCUUGGAGAAGUUCCCUGUAUGUUUCUGACAUUCUUUGCCAACAUCGCGUUGACAGUGGCCAUCUAUAUGAUUACUGCUAUCAGCGUGGACAGGUUCCUGUUGGUUUCUAAAGACUAUUCUCGAUACCUUGCUAUCGUGUCUCUGAAAUCGGUGAGGAUAACCAUUCUUUCUCUUUGGGGUUUAGUCAUCUUGAGCACAAUCGUAGAGAUGAUUCUGUGGGGUACGGACGCGCUCCCGCCACCGUUCCCAGUCAACUUCUACUUCGCGUGCCUUCCACCGGUCAAACUCAAUCAGCCAUUCCUGAUGGGGAUCUUCGUCUUCGGGUUCUUCAUCCCACUGACCAUCAUGACCGUAUGCAGCCUGGGGUUCAUGCUCCACCUGCGUAAGCGACUGAAAGGCAAGAUCCAUGCGGCGGGGGAGUUCAGCACGGCCGUGUCUGACACCUCCGGGACCGCCCGACGUACGGCCUGGACCACCGUGGCAUCAUCGGCUCCAACACGCGGGACGGUGGUCGCUACCCACGGCCUGGCACCGCCCGAACAGCCUGUCAACGACGGUGCCAGCACCGCAUCCGGAGUCGAAGGCAACGGGACGGAGACCCGGGAGACUCGCCGCAGGACCGUGCUCAGAAACCGCUACCUCAAGCCGGCGAUAACCAUGGCAGCUCUCCUAGCCGUGUUCGUGGCUUGCACGCUCCCAUAUCUCCUCAUCGCAGGCAUCAUCUCUCCUAUUUGCCCAACUUGUUACACCUAUCAGACUCGCGUCCACAUUGCUAACCUAAUGUUUGCUAAUUCCUGCAUCAACCCUAUUUUGUAUGCAGCCACACAGAGCAAAAUAAGAGAUUUUUAUCGCACCCAUGUAUUUCGGAUUUGCAGGAGACGUUAGUAAGGUCGAGCUCGUGAUUUGUAAAUUGCUGUAAAUUGCGCAAGUAUGUUUCUAUAUUAUUCUGCUCAUAUUGAUACACUUGUCAAACGUUGACGUCGCAAAAACGCACAAAAAUUGCAUUUAAAUUCAGCACAUAUCCGUGAGUUAUUUAAUCCAGCGAACAUUAAAAAAA